AUGAGUAUUACCCUUCCAGAAGAUCUUUACGCAAUAGGGGAAAGCGCAUUUCGUUCUUGCAAGUCUCUUCAAAGUAUAAUUAUUCCUCGAAACGUUAAAGUCAUAGAUACAUUUGCAUUUUAUUCUUGUAGUGUACUAAAAAGCAUCACUAUUCUUGGCUCACCAAAAAUAUUAAUUCAAACUUUUAUUUCUUUGAAUUCACUUGAAACACUUUCAACACCAAAUGGAUAUGAUUCAUUAGGAAAUUAUGCAAUUGAUACUUGUAUAAAACUAUCCGCUAUUACUAUUCCUGAAAAAUUCGAUUUUAUUGAUACUUCUGCUUUUUAUAAAUGUGCAGGUCUCAAAAACAUAACAAUUCAAACAUCUGAAGAUUGCACUGAUAAAAUAUCUCCUCGUGCUUUCGUGAGCACUAAUUCUGUAUCAGUUUUAAUUUAUGAAAACACAGGAUUUACACUCAUUAAUUUUGAAGCUUUCACAACAAACAUCACUACAGUUGUUUUCAAUUUUACUAAGUCUAGUAGUGCCAAAAAACUUAGAGAUGUUAAAUAUUUGCCAACAUUGAAUCAUUUCACGAAUCUUCAGAAAGUUGUGAUGGAUAAUAUUGAUGAUUACAGUAUUCCAGCUUUAUUUGCAAAAGGAGUUGAUAUGGAAAUUGACAUCGAAAAAGAUGUAGAAUCUAUUGAUGACGAUGCUUUCAAGUUAUGUAAUAUAAUUAAAUUCACAUAUAAUGGCCAAAAAUUCAUUGCUGGAAACUCUCUUUCGAAGGCCAGUAAUAUCCAAGAACUUAAUGUCGGCCCAUUAUAUCGAUAUAACACAAUUGGAGGAAUAGUAAUAAACAGAGGAGAAGAUCCAGAACCAGUCUCACCUAUAGAAUCAUCAUCUUCUUCUACUGAAUCAUCAUCAUCUUCUACUGAAUCAUCAUCUUCUUCUAUCGAAUCAUCAUCUACUUCUACUGAAUCAUCAUCAUCUUCUUCUAAACAAUCACCUCCUUCUUCUGUAGUAAAUUCGCCUUCAGAGGCAAAAGUAUCAUCGUCAAUGAAAAGCGAGCUAAACAUAAACAACAAUUCUAUAACUAAUUAUGGAAUUGAAAAUCAACCUCAAUGUCCACAAAACACGAAUAGAAGUUUGAUAAUUGCGCUUUGCAUUAUCACAACAAUUUGUGCAAUACUUAUUGUAGCUAUUUGCUUACUUAUCUACAAGAUCAAAUCUUAUUCAGCAAAUGAUAGUAGAGAAGAAAUUACACCAGAACUUUCAUCUCAAUCAACAGGUAAUGCUAUUUACAAUUUGGAAGAAACUGCAGAAAACCCAAUAAAAUUCAAAUCAAAUAUUGAUGAAUUAGACAGUAUCAUAUUAGCUAUUAGCGAAACAUAUUCUGAUUCAUGA